AAGCACCCCUACAAUUCAAUGUCCUAUUUUAUUUACCAAAGGUCACAUUAUUCAUUUUUCUUUUCAAUCUAUUAACUCAAAUACCCUUUUUUUAUAUACCAUAGAUGAUAGGUUCUUGAUGUAUGAAACGGUCUAAUCAUUGGUUCUGAUUUCAACUUCAUAAAAUUGUUUUUGUUUAUCUAAAAUGGAAAACUUUAAUUGAAUGAUUAUCAUUUUGCAUCUACUUCCACUUAUCCCCAUUUUGUUUGUGUCAAUCGUCUCUGACUCGUGCUUCUUUCAACCUCAUCAGUGGAUACGUGAAGCCCUCCUCAUGCAAUCACGCCUGUGGUAUGACCUAAGAAUGAGAUGUGUUUAUCAACUUCGUCUUCAUAAUCUUCUGCUUUUGUAAAAAGAUAAAAAUAAAGUUGAUGAAUGCAGUAAAAUAAUAUCAAACAAAAACUCAUUUUUUUAUUUGAAAAACUAAAACGAAUAAAACAACACUCUGCCCAUUGGUUUUAUUUCAGAAAAAAAUUGAAAGAAUAUCAUUCACACCACACUGUGGGCUUCCAAAUUUGCCCACUUUCAUUUAAAUAAAUAAUAUUUAAUUAUAAAUGCAAAAAAAAAUGGAGAUAUCUUCAUUGAUUAAUGUGGCGUAUCACACGCUCCACCGCUUUCCGAAGACCAGGGGCGUCUGAGAAAGAAAAGGUCGAAACGGAAUACAGCGUGGUCAUAAUUGGAAAUGACCUUCAAUGCGGAGAUGCCACGUGGAACGACAAUUCCUCCUCAUUCGUCAUACAUGGCAAACGAGGAAGCAGGCUGUCACAUAAGAUCCUCGCACGAGCGCGGUGACGGAGAAAACUCCCUCUACUUUAACCGCAGUAGAAAAAUUGCAGUUCAUUGAUUUUUUUAAGCCAACCAUGGUUAAUCCCAACCGAACCACGGUUAAGUGGCAGUUUAUAAGGGAAGCUAACCAUGCCGGAGUUUCUGUAAACAUCCACAUACAACCAAAACCCAACACCAAAAUGAUGCUCGGAGAGCACCAUCGCGCAAAUCCAACGGUCCACGUGCCUCCGUGGCCAAUCCAUGACGAUCCAACGGCGGAGAUGUAUUCUCCGUAUGCCGCUAACGACGGCAAUGCUGGCGAGUACUCUCCGUACUAUUUGCAAGAAGCACUAACGGCGCUGCAGCGUUACUUACCGUCAAACGAGACGGACGCUGACUCCGACUCCGAGGUUCCGGGUCGUGAGUCAGACGCGCCGGUGGACGCGUACUCGUGCGAUCAUUUCCGCAUGUUCGAGUUCAAAGUGAGGAGGUGCGCACGUGGCAGGUCCCAUGACUGGACGGAGUGUCCUUACGCUCAUCCCGGCGAGAAGGCUCGCCGGCGUGAUCCGAGGAAGUUCCACUACUCUGGCACUGCGUGCCCCGAUUUCCGCAAGGGGAAUUGCAAGAAGGGUGACGCAUGCGAGUUUGCGCACGGCGUGUUCGAGUGCUGGCUUCACCCUGCGCGUUACAGGACUCAGCCAUGCAAGGACGGGACUAGUUGCCGCAGGCGAGUGUGCUUCUUCGCACACACGCCGGAGCAGCUUCGUCUCAUGCCGCAGCAGAGUCCCCGGAGCGCGAACUCGGCGGAUUCUUAUGAUGGGUCUCCGCUGAGGCAGGUUUCGAUGCCCUUCAUGUCUUCUCCGGCGUCUGUGUCUCCGCCGGAGUCGCCGCCGAUGUCGCCGAUGACGCAGUCGCUGAGUCGGUCACUGGGCUCAAGUUCGAUGAACGAGAUGGUGGCUUCUCUGCGGAAUUUGCAGCUGGGGAAGUUGAAAUCGAUCCCCUCAAGCAGGAACGUUCAAAUGGGGUCUCCUGGAUUCGGGUCACCGAGAGGAUCCGUGCUCCGACCCGGGUUUAGUAGUCUUCCAAGUACGCCGACUCAGGCACCGGGUCGUUCUGGGGUAAACUAUUUUGAACUUUGGGAUCAGAGCUGUGAGGAGGAGCCAGUGAUGGAGAGGGUGGAGUCUGGGAGAGACAUAAGGGCUAAGAUGUUUGAGAAACUGAGCAAAGAGAAUUCUUUGGAUGGGUCGGGUUCGGGUCGUCAAAUGGGUGGGGCUCCGGAUUUUGGGUGGGUUUCUGAGCUGGUUAAGUGAAUGUGGGUUUUAGGGAUGGUUUAUUGCGGUGCCGUAUUUUGUGUUCUUCUUGAAGAAUGAGAUGGACGAUUGAAGAUUUGUUUUGGAAGCAGCGAGUUGUGAAGGUGAAUGUUCCGUGUAAAUAUUCUAUUCUAAUGGUAUGGGUGAAGAGUAGCAUCUCUUUUUUGGGGGGGGGUUUUUCUUGAACAGUCAAGACAGCCAUAAGCAUUGAUUUGGGAGAUAAAACUAUAUCCUAAGCUUUUGUAUAGCUACCUUAUUAUUAUUAUUACUAUGAUUAUGAAUUAUUACCAUGUGUCAAUGUUAACUAGCGUGUCUGUUGUCACUUACUAAUCCCAUUGAUGUAUAAAUGUAUUAUAAUAUGUAGGAUGCAAGCCCCUUCUUGUGAUGCAAAUUAUUUAUGUAAUGUAUAUUUUUAUCCAAAUGUGCUCUGGACUUGCCCCUCUCUUCUCAUCAUUUGUUUCAUCCUGCUUCACAAUGUUCUCCCGUUUUCAAUUUUUUGUGGCUGUGAAGUGAUUUAUAACUGUGGUGGUGACUUUUAUAUUUUUUCCUUAUUUGGGACUAAUUUCUUGUUGUUCAUAUGGGAGAUUUGAUUUGAUUCUUGCAGUCGGAAUUUUCUCCUAUGCUAGUAGAGAAUACUAGAAUCCAGGAACGAUUAUUCUCAAAUAUCUUGAUGGAGAUAGAUAAGAACGAUAUGCGGAAUUGGGAUGUGAGGGUUUAAAAUUGGAGAAAAUUGGUAUUAAUAAAAUUCUUAUACUAGUUGAUAAUGUAUUCUGGAACUAUCCCAGUUUGGGACUUGGACUUGGCACACAACACUUGUUUGGGAUAAAUGAAUAUAUUUUCUUUCAGAAGUCCUUUCAUUCGUUUCUCCUCGUAACCCACUUUGACACGAAAAUGGUGACUUGUUCUGAGUUUUCUUUUAGGAUUUGUCGAUUUGCAAAGGGGAACCUAUUGGUGAUGUAACAGUGUGAUCCCCACAUAGAGGAUUACUUAUUUAGCGUAUAUUGAACUUCUUAUCUCGGGGGUUAGAAGAUUACACUCAAAAGGUCGAGACUUUGUUCGCAGAUAACAUGCUUAUGUAAUUGCAGGACAAGAAAAACAACCCAACUUGUUUCAGGCGAUUCCUGUGAUUUCUAAAUGUAAUAAAGCCAUAGAUAUUAUGGUUUUUGUUAAUUUUCAAACUUGGGUAGAAUU